AUGCAGCACGACGAGCAAUCAACGAUAAGUUCUUCCGACGAAAAAGCAUUGCCGUGGACCAUUUCAAACAAGUAUUACUCUGCACAAGUACACUUUCUUGCAAGAACCGUCAAAGGACUUGCACCAUUUCACUUGAAGAAUGUUCCAGCGGUGAUAUUCAUCUGGGAGAAGGGACACGCCUAUAAACACCAUAUCCAACGUAUCUGUCGAGACAGAGACCUCAAUGGCUCGGAACUAGAGGUGUCCCUUGCUGUACGAAUUGAGUCACAUCAGGACGACGGGCGAUCUAGCAUCACUGCCGAAGACGAAGAAGAAGUGGAAUUCGAGGGUUCUGGUGAAAUAGACGAAUUUCUGUCAUCGAGAGGUUUUGAAUUUAUUGAUGUACCUGCUUCCGUUGAUGAAGACAGAGUCGAAGAUGAGAGCGUUCUGGCUGAAGCUAUCCCAUCUCUGCCUCGUGUCCUGGACGCCCUCAGUACAAUAAUGUGGCCUUCAAUGCAGACUUCGACCAAGAGACAAAAACGUUCGCAACGAAAAGACGAUGAUAAUGCACUGGAUUGGGCACAAAACUCUUUCGAUGAAAUUGAUGAUCCCGACCUUGAUGUCAUUGACGACGCCCACUUUGUAACGGCUCAGACGCCUGUAAGUCGGAUGGCUCAACAAGUCCGUAUGAGGAAUGAGAUGGAGGAGCUUCGGCGAUGGCUGGAAGAGGAUGAACGGGAGAGUCGUAACGAUGACUCGGAGGAUGGUGGUGAUAGUCGCAAUGAUCCGUGGGGACGUGCGGUCUCUUCGACGACUUCGCAAUCAGCUGCGAUGACGCUGUCGCCGACGUCUGAGGAAGGCGGGUUGUCGUAUCCUGAACCUUUGAAGGAAGACAAGUUUGACGACGACUUCACGGUAUUUGUCUCUGCCCCCGCACAAGAUUCCGCCCCUAAUCCUUCCCACCCUGCCUCCGCCUCCCCCUCAAAAUCUCACCAAGAUUUUAUUUCGGAAGGUUCUUUCCCGACUUUUGCUUCCUUCGGCGACAGCUCUUUUACUGCGGCGUAUCCUUUUGAUGAAGAAAGCUCAGGCUUAUAUGGAGAUACAUCGUUCGAUUCUCUAGCGCCUCCUGACCAGCAUUCUGGGAUAAUGUAUCACUCAUUAGGAAGUGCAUCGGAUUUGGGUGAUAUACCCAAUGAAGAGGCUUUUCCUGCACACUCGAGCCCUCAUAUGCAAGCAGACAACGACCACAAGGAGGCGGAUGACAGCGACGAUGGUCUCCCGACUCAAAGCGAAAUCAGGGCGAGCGCACAUCGGAUAUUUGGAACGCUAUCGUCGCCGUCCUCUUCAUCUGCGAAGAGACUCGAGGCAAAUGCCGCUGAAGAGACUAAUGCUAAAUUUGAUGAAUUCGAUGAUGAUAUGGAUUUUGACUUCACGCAUAUGGUGAGCGCCAUUCAGGGUAUGAAAGUGGAGAUCUCUGGAAUGGAGCAUGAGGAUGAUCGUAGGAAGGCAGCGGCAAGGGUGGCGCUUGGGUUAGUCUACGGAUUGGACAGACGAGGAUAG